UCGCCAGACCAACCCAGGAGGAAGUCUUUUGUCGCCCGCAGUGUAUCCAGGUCGCUGUCAUGGGGCGGUGCCUCUCCUUCGGUGGAAAAACUGGAAAUGCGAGCGCAGCGGAUAUUCGGCGCAAAACUGGGCGAGUUGCAGGAUCCUCUGAUGGAGGUGGACAUCAUGACGCGCACGCCGCUGCAAAACGCGGUCGUGGCAUUGGAAGAGACAUUUCUGGUGGCUCGCCUGACCAUUGCGCUGUACUCCUACCUGGGUCUGGGAACUCAGUGGACUGGGAAACUGCUGCGACUGAUUCUGUACGCCAUGCUCCUGCUGCCAGGCUUCAUUCAGAUGGCGGUGUAUUAUUUCUUCUCGCCGCGGGUCACGCGGUCCGUAGUGUAUGGUGCGGCGGCCCGUAAUCGGCUCGACAUCCACAGACCGCCCGCGAGUCAGACGGUGCCGGAGGGCGGUUUCCCCGUAGUCAUCUACAUAACUGGGGGUGCGUGGACUAUUGGGUACAAGGCGUGGGGGUCGCUGCUGGGGCGGCGGCUGAGCAAGCACGGCGUUAUCGUGUACUGCCUCGACUACAGGAAUUUCCCGCAGGGUACUGUGCUGGACAUGCUACGGGACUGCAACACGGGGAUCAGGUGGGUGCUGCACCAUGCGCAGCAGCACGGGGGCGAUCCCUCUCGCAUGCACCUCGUCGGCCAAUCCUGCGGCGCGCAGCUCGCCACGCUGGCGCUCAUCACGCAGACGGAGCAGGACCACCAGAAGGCGCAGCUGCCGGGCGGCUUCCCGGCCUGGUCCCCCCGCAAGGUCCAGUCACUCAUCGGCGUCUCGGGGGUUUACAAUUGCUUCGACCUGGCGGAUCACUUCAACCAACGGGGCCUCUACCGCCGCCUGUUUGACCGGAUCAUGUCUGUCAACGGCCGCGCCGCUCUGAAGCUCUUCUCUCCUACCUACUGCGUAAAGGUGGGCAUUGGCGUGGAGUGGGGGGCGAGCCUCCCCCGGGUGCUGCUCCUGCAUGGAACGCGCGACACGUGCGCCCUCUAUUCCAACGCAACCCAAUUCCGAGACGCUCUGCUCGAAGUGGAGCUGCGAUCGUACGAGGGGGAGACGCACACGAGCCCGCUGAUAGAGAACCCGAUGCGGGGGGGCCACGACCAGCUGGUGGGCGACAUCCUUUCGGUGGUGGGGGGACCUGCCAAAACGGGGGGGCCCGGCGAGAAGGGGUCCCCCACGCAGGCCCCCCUCUGCCCCGCGAUACUCAUUAAUGCAGCCGCUCGCGUGUGUCCCUUUUGA